UCUUAAAAAAAAGCGUAAAGCGCUCGCAAGCAAUAGUUUCCAACAAGUUGUUGGCGAAUGAAGACGUAUUGCUUCGAGAGUCGGAAACGAGUUCUUGCAAUGCUUUGGCAAUAAAUAACUUUUCCAUUUCAUUUAAAAUGUCCGCAAACGUACUUUGGUUUCGCCACGGCUUAAGAUUGCACGACAAUCCUGCUUUAUUGGAGGCCUUAGCCGAUCGUGAAAAAGGCAUUGCUUUGGUACCCAUAUUCAUAUUUGAUGGCGAAAGUGCCGGUACGAAAUGUACGGGCUACAAUCGUUUACGAUUUUUAUUGGAUUCGCUGCGGGAUCUAGACGAUCAAUUUCGAUCCCAGAGGGGGCGUUUAUACACCUUCCAAGGCAACCCCACCACAAUAUUUAAAGAAUUGCAUGAGUGUUUUGGCAUAAAUAAGUUGUGCGUCGAGCAAGAUUGCGAACCAAUAUGGAAUCGACGUGACAAUGAUGUGAAGGAGUUGUGCAACGAAUUGGGAAUAAAAUGGGUGGAGAAAAUUUCCCAUACUCUAUGGAAUCCCCGACAAGUCAUCCAAACGAAUGGCGGCAUUCCACCUUUAACCUAUCAAAUGUUUUUACAUACGGUUCAGGUGAUAGGUCUGCCACCACGACCAGCUGAAAAUCCUAAUUGGACAGGAGUUAAUAUAUUAAAUAUAAACGAAACAAUUCUAGAGAAAUUACCUGGAUUUACAGAAAUCCCGCAACCGGAACAAUUUAAUGUCUUCGCCGAGGACUUGAAUCGUUUAGCAUUGGUAAAAUGGAAGGGCGGCGAAACUGAAGCCUUGAUUUUAUUAGAAGAACGCCUUAAAGUUGAAGGCGAAGCAUUUAAACGCGGCUAUUAUCUGCCAAAUCAAGCGAAUCCUAAUAUCUUGGAAACACCGAAAUCGAUGAGCCCUCAUUUACGUUUUGGCUGCUUAUCGGUACGUAAAUUCUACUGGGCGGUACACGAUCUGUUUGAAGAUGUUCAACAACAUGUCAAAAUGUUUGGCUAUCAAAUAAUGAGUGGAGCGCAUAUCACGGGACAAUUAAUCUGGCGCGAAUACUUUUACACCAUGUCGGUUAAUAAUCCAUACUACGAUCGCAUGGAAGAAAAUGAGAUUUGCUUAAAUAUACCUUGGGCCCCAGUCAACGAUGAACAGCUAGAAAGUUGGAAAUUGGGAAAAACUGGUUUUCCUUUAGUCGAUGCUGCGAUGCGUCAGCUAUUAGCGGAAGGUUGGAUACAUCAUACCUUACGCAAUACGGUAGCGACAUUUUUGACACGCGGUGGUCUUUGGUUUAAUUGGGAACAUGGUUUACAACAUUUUCUUAAAUAUCUUCUCGAUGCUGAUUGGUCAGUAUGCGCUGGCAAUUGGAUGUGGGUAAGUUCUUCGGCUUUUGAACGCUUAUUGGAUUCAUCGUUAGUUACUUGCCCAUUGGCUAUGGCUAAACGUUUAGAUCCUUUCGGUCAAUAUAUUAAACAAUAUGUACCGGAAUUAGCCCACGUACCCAAAGAGUAUAUACACGAACCCUGGCGUAUGCCUUUAUCGGAACAAAAAAGAUCGGAAUGCAUUAUCGGUGAACAUUAUCCGGAACGUAUUAUAGAUUUUGUUAAAGCUGCCGAAUCAAAUAUGACAGCAAUGCGUAAUUUACGCCAAGAUCUUAUAGAAGGCGGUGCCCCACCACCACCACACUGUCGACCGUCCGACGAAGCGGAAGUUCGACAAUUUUUUUGGUUGGUUUAAAGCCGUCUAACAACACGAAGUAAAAAUGAGAAAAAGGAAAAUUUAUAAUACCUCCACACAAAUUA